CUGUGUCUGUACUCGUUUGUUCCAUGAUGGCUCUGGCUGGAGCUGCUGCUCUUCAAGAAGCAGAGAAAGACAACGAGACAGAGGCAAUAAUUCAAGAAGAGGAGCAUCGUGUUGACAAGAGGUCAACAUCUUGUCCCUCCCACUGGACUGAGUACAACGGCCGCUGUUUCCUCUACGUUCCUCGAACCUUGACCUGGGCUCAAGCUGAGAAAAACUGCCAGUCCAAGGGUGCACACCUUGCAUCGAUUCAUGGAACUCGGGAGUACAACGAGAUUAAGAGGAUAAUAUCAGAUAGAACUUAUGGCUCUCCUGAGACAUGGAUUGGAGGCUCUGACAGCCAAGGGGAGGGUGUUUGGCUCUGGAGUGAUGGCACACCUUUCGCCUACUCAUACUGGUGCAGAGGAGAGCCUAAUGACUACUGGAACCAGGACUGUAUUCAGAUGAACUACUCAGGUGACAAUUGCUGGGAUGAUUUAUGGUGUGAUGCGCGCCGGCCAUCAGUCUGUGCCAAGAAAAUCUGAUGAUUCCUGAGCAGAUAAGAGAGGCAUGAAAUACCUGUGAAAAGCACAAAUAUUAGUGGAUAUGUGUUUGUGUUUAUUGUCACAAGUUAAUCUGUCAUUUUAUCA